AUGGGUCCAAAUCUCAACUCGUUCCCCACGGGGGUCAAUCGUGAAGCUGGCUUCAAGUUCCCUAAGUUCAACACACCUGUGUUAGACAAUCCAGAAGUUACACCCAACGAGUUGGUAGAUUUUCACGUUACCCACAAUUCCUCAUAUCCAUUUGGAAUCCUCGCUGCUUCCGAAAAAGACGGCAUCGCGAAGGAUAUCAUAACGUGGAACGAAAUAGGAAGUGCACUGCUCAAGGUGUACCAAGAAUUGAGUAGCAUAUCGCCAGCUGCUCCCGGUACUUCGCCUGUCGUCGGCCUCAUCGCGUACGGCGAGCCGUUGGUUUACUUCACCGUGCUGUUAGGUAUCAUGAAGGCAGGAUGUGUCCCCUUUGCGAUUUCCCCGAGAAACUCUCCGGCUGCGAUCGCUCAUCUGCUUAAAUCCUCAGGUUGUCGGAAUGUUUAUGUAGAAUUUGACCCACGGCUCUUGUCUCACAACGCCUCCAACAUGUCAGUCAGCGAGAAAAUGAGUCGAGACCAAAUGGAUGAGGUCCUCAAACUUUUGCCAGAAUCGCAUUUACGAGAGGUAAUGGAGCUUCCAUCAGCGCAUACUCUCUUCCCCCGCCUCGUCACCGGGUCUGCGUAUAUCUUCGACUCCACGGUACACGAAAAAUUGGAAUCGAUUCCAACGCCGAUCAAAGCUGCUUGCGAGCCGGUCAUGAUUCUUCAUUCGUCAGGCUCCAUUGCGUUCCCCAAGACACUCUACAUGGGUCGAUCUGUUAUUCAAUCUUGGCUCAGAGCCCCACUUUCCAACGGAUUUUGCUGGGAGGGCGAACUGACCGCGGCCAUGGCCUUGCCAGCAUUUCAGGCGAUGGGCUUUCAUGUUGGAUCGCUGAUCAACCUUUCAACAGGUUCCAUUUCUGGAUUCUUUCGACCCGAUAUUGGGCCUGAUGGCCGAUGCAAACCCAAGACACCCAACUCUUUCAACGUAAUACAGGCGAUAGCAUCUUUAGGUUGUACUAUCGCUUCCUUUAGCCCCAUGAUGCUCACUGAAUUCGCCUCCGAUCCGUCGAGCAUCGAAACCCUUCGCACCUUGAAGAGGGUUGGAUUUGGAGGAGGACCACUCAACACUGAGAUUGGGAAUCAGCUUGUCAAGAGUGGUGUCAACCUCUGUGUGGUGUAUGGAUCCACCGAAGUGGGCCCGAUCUCCGCCCUUUUUUCUGACCGUUGCUUAGGGGCAGACUGGGAGUACUUCGAAAUGUCACCCCAGCUCACCACUCGCUUCAUACCGCAUGAGAAUGACCUCUAUGAAUUGGUCGUACUGUCUUCUGAUGUGCAUCGAUGUUCGACCACUGCAAUCGAACCAAUUAUGUCACUCCAAACGUAUCACACCAACGACUUUCUGGCCAAACACCCUACACUCCCACUGUAUCGCGUUGUUGGACGUCUGGAUGACCAGAUAAUGUUAUCCAAUUCUGAGAAGACCAAUCCAGGACCAAUGGAAGCCAUCAUCACAUUCAACCCUGCUAUUAAGAGUGCACUAAUGUUUGGAAGGGGAAAGCCACAAAAUGGGGUAAUAAUUGAGCCUGAAGAAGCCUCUGUCCUCGACAUAACGAAUCGAACAGCUGUGGAGGAAUACAUCUCCCAAAUUUGGCCUUCAAUCGUCGAGGCCAACAAUUUUGGACCCAGUCAUAGUAGAUUGACGCGUGACCUGAUCAUGAUCAUUGAUCCCAGGGUGACGCCUCUCCCGAGAACAUCCAAAGGCCAACUUUCGCGCCCCAAGGUCACCGAGAUGUUUCAGGCUCAGAUUGAAGCAAAGUAUUCAAACGACCAAGCUUUGGACUCGAAUUCAGCAUUUAUUGACGUAUCAAUUAAUCCUCAAGAGAUACUGAUAGGCAAAAGCGUGCGCAAUCGUGUAGAGCGUAUCAUAAGCAUGGUGCUGGAUGGUGAUGUAAACCCAGAGGAAGAUCUGUUUGCCCAAGGAUGUGAUAGUUUACAUGCAAGAUACAUCAGAUGCCGGAUUGUGCAGCUCAUCCAAAAAAGCUCCAAAAAUACACCUAAUGUUCCUCAAAACAUCUUAUAUCGCUAUCCAACAGUCUUGAUGCUCACCCAAUGGGUUUUGAGUAUCCUUUCACACAUCCCAUUACAUGUGUCUCAAUCUGAAGAAGAGAGCUGUACACGUUUAAUCAAGAUGAUCAUGAAGUAUCAACCGAGCAUCUAA